CUCCAUCCAAUCAACACCAUCAAUUUCUUCAACGUGUCAAAAUCUGAGUCGCUUCACGUACACAACUACCCCAUCUUCUUGGUAUUAUAAUCUCAUCUCAAAACACUUUUUUCUUUCUCAACAAACCUUCUCCAAUGGCUUCCUCUCCUUUCCUCUCUUUCUCUCUCCUCUUCCUCAUCUCUCUCUACUUCUCCUUCUCCUUCUCCUUUGCUUCUUCUUCCUUCAGUCAAGACCUCCUUAUUGAACAAGUCGUCGAUGAAUCUGAACCUUCUUCUACAGAUGACUUGCUUUUGAACGCUGACCAUCAUUUUUCUCUUUUCAAAUCCAAGUUUCAGAAGAGAUAUUCAUCUCAACAAGAGCAUGAUCAUCGAUUUAAGGUGUUUAAGGCGAAUCUACGCCGUGCGAAACGACACCAAUUGAACGAUCCUUCUGCUGUUCAUGGCGUUACUAAGUUUUCCGAUCUUACUCCACGAGAGUUUAAAGAAAAGUAUCUUGGAUUUAAAGGUGGUAAUAAGAAAAAGUUGAAACUUCCUGCUGAUGCUAAUAAAGCUCCUGUUUUGCCUACUGAUGGUCUUCCGCAAGAUUUUGAUUGGCGUGAUCAUGGUGCUGUAACUGAAGUCAAAGAUCAGGGUUCCUGUGGUUCUUGCUGGUCCUUUAGUGCUACUGGAGCCUUGGAAGGUGCUAACUACCUGGCGACUGGUAAACUCGUUAGUCUGAGCGAGCAACAGUUGGUGGAUUGUGACCAUGAGUGUGAUCCUGAAGAGCGCAACUCAUGUGAUGCUGGUUGUGGUGGUGGGCUGAUGAAUAAUGCUUUCGAGUACAUACUCAAGGCUGGUGGUAUUCAGCGGGAGGAAGACUAUCCUUACACAGGCACUGAUCAUGGUGCCUGUAACUUUGACAAAAGCAAGGUUGCUACAACAGUGGCUAACUUUAGUGUUGUAUCUACUGAUGAAGAGCAAAUAGCUGCCAAUUUGGUGAAGUAUGGUCCCCUUGCAGUCGGCAUACAUGCAGGUUACAUGCAGACUUACAUUGGUGGAGUUUCUUGUCCAUUGAUUUGCCUUAGGAGCUUGGACCAUGGAGUUCUAUUGGUUGGCUAUGGGUCCGAGGGUUAUGCUCCUAUAAGGUUCAAAAAUAAGCCAUAUUGGAUCAUUAAGAAUUCUUGGGGCCCCAACUGGGGAGACCAUGGCUAUUACAAAAUAUGUAAAGGCCGCAAUAUUUGUGGUGUGGACUCCAUGGUUUCUUCUGUAGUUGCUGUGAAUCUUUAAGCUUCAGUUCAAAGUUAAAAAGCUAUUGGAUAAAUCCUUGUUUCCACUGUUCAUUCGUUUGAUCAUUGAACAAAAGGUGGUUGUAAAUAUAUAUUUGCUUGGCAGUUUCGUUUUAAUCACAAAACUAUAUUGUAGCUUCCCUUUCCAAUAGGAAACAAUACUGUAAUCUUAUGCAAUUAAGUACUCAUUUAGUUCUAUUUUAAUUAAUAAUUCUAGUGCUGUCUUAUUAAACAAAUUUAAUAUUGUUGGGCUUUUGUUUUUGACA